AUGAAGCUGAAUCCGAAGAAGUGUCUCUUCGGCGUGAAAUCUGGGAAAUUACUCGGCUUCAUGGUUAGCAAAAGAGGGAUUGAUGCCAAUCCUACAAAGGUGCAAGCAGCGCUCGAUCUUCCCAAGCCGAAAACAAAGAGGGACGUUCAGCGGCUCACCGGAAGAAUUGCCGCCCUGUCAAGGUUCAUCUCUAGAGCCUCGGACAAAGGGUUACCCUUUUUCAAAGCCCUGAAAUUCCCAAAAUCUAAAGAGCUCAUCUGGGAAGACGAGCAAAGAGAAGCCUUCAAGCAAUUUCGGGAGCAUCUAGCUCAACUUCCGAAGCUGGCUCGCCCAGCCGAAGGAGAAACUCUUUACUUAUACGUGGCAGUCAGUCCAGCCACUAUAAGUGCACCGCUGGAAAAAGUCCACGACAAAGUUGAAAAAUCUGGUAGGCUAGCCAAGUGGGCUUUUGAGCUCACUGAGUUCAGCAUCAACUACCAGCCGAGAGCAGUCAUUAAGGCUCAGGCUCUAGCGUACUUCCUGGCUGAAUGCUCGUACCAGGAGACGCUAGAUGAAGAAAAGAAAAUUUGGACUGUUUUUACGGAUGGAUCCUCCACCGUAAAUGGUUCAGGAGCAGGGGUAGUGAUAACCUCUCCGGAAGGCAAAUCCUUCGAGUAUGCACUGAAAUUUUCUUUCAAGGCUUCAAACAACGAAGCCGAAUAUGAGGCAGCAAUCGCUGGCCUAGAGCUGUGCAUCUCUUCGGAAGCCAAACAUGUAUGUCUCAAGACAGACUCUCAGCUCGUCGCAAAUGAGAUCCGAGGCGAAUAUGAGGCCAAAGAGCCCUCAAUGAUAGCUUAUCUCGCAAAGAUCAAACCAAUUAUGGCGAAGCUGAGAACUUUUGAAGUUCAACUGAUCCUCAAUGCACAAGCCAACGCACUCUCCAAGCUUGCUAGUUCAACUCUAACCGAGCUGAACCAAUCUGUAUAUGUGGAAGUGCGCCGAGAAAAAAGCAUCGACGAAGUACCUGAAGUGUGCUGCGUCGACCACGAGCCGAGCUGGAUGGAUCCCAUUCUAGCUUACAAGCUUCGCGGAGAAAUUCUCGAAGACAAAAUCCUAGCCUCCAAGGUGAUGCGAACCAACUCAAGGUUCAUUUUUUUCAGAGGAGAGCUCCUGAAAAAUUCCUUCUCAGCCCCAUUCCUGAAGUGCGUGGGAGCAACAGACGCUGAUUACAUCCUUCGGGAAAUCCAUCUUGGCAUCUGCGGGAACCACAUUGGGGAAAGGACUUUAGCCCACAAGGCAUUGAGGUCAGCUUCGUUCGGCAUUAAAUUGGCAUACUCAGCAGUGUGUCAUCCACAAAGCAAUGGUCAAGCCGAAGCUGCAAAUAAGCAAAUCCUCAACGCUUUGAAAAAGAGGGUUGAAGAUCAAAAGUCCAAGUGGAUAGAGGAACUCCCCGCAACCCUAUGGUCACUUCGGACAACCGAAAAAGAGACAAUGGGCCACUCACCUUUUGAGCUGGUGUAUGGUGCCGAAGCCAUUCUUCCAGUAGAAAUCGGCUCCGAAAGUCUGCGAGUGCACCACUUCUCGGCUGAGAAUGAGCAACUCAUGAAGGAAUCCCUCGAUUUCCUAGACGAGAUAUCCAUUCUGAAGGACAGACAGAAAGCAAAGAAAAAAAGCGUGAAGUAUUAG